AUGGCCGAGGUUCCUAUUCCAACCUGCCGCUGGGGCAUUAUCACCACGGGCCUCAUCUCCUCAUGGUUCGUGGCCGACCUGGUAGCCCCGCGGUCUGACGCAAAGGCAAGGCAUGUCAUCCAGGCCAUUGGGUCUUCAUCGCUGGACAAGAGCAAAGGCUUUGCCGCCAAGUACCUCAAGGACGCCGCCUCAGCGCAUGACCCGGCCCUCUACGGCAGCUACGCUGAGGUUUACAGCGACCCAAAUGUGGACUGUGUCUACAUCGGCAGCCCCCAUGGCUUCCACAAGCGAGAUUGCCUUGCUGCCAUUGCGGCUGGCAAGAACAUCCUCUGCGAGAAAGCCUUCACGAUCAACGCCCGGGAGGCGCGAGAGGUCUUCGAUGCUGCUAAGCAGAAGGGUGUCUAUAUCGCCGAGGCCAUGUGGCUCCGGCAUCGGCCCAUGGUGACCGAGUUGAGAAGGCUGCUGUAUGAGGACAAUGUCAUCGGCGAGGUAUUCAGGACGGCGUCGGACUUCCAGAUGUACCUUGACAUGGCAGGUCUGCCCUCGACGUCUCGGUACAAGGACAUCGACCUUGGGGCGGGCUCGCUGCUAGAUAUUGGAAUCUACGCCUUGACGUGGGCCAUCUUGACGCUGGAGCCUAAAGCACCAGCUCAGAGAGAAAUGCCCAAGAUCAUGGCUGCUCAAUCAUUUGUCGAUGGCAUCGAAGUCACGACCAGUGUCGUUUUGCACUAUCCCAGCAGUGGGCGUCAAGGUAUUGUCUCGUCGACCACCGAGCGCAAGAACGGCGCAUCUCAGAUCGUUGCCACCAUCGAUGGCACCAAUGGCUUCGUGGAGGUCGAAGGAAGUGCCCCUUCUCAUCCACGUUCAUUUACAGUGUACCCGAAGUGGACCGGCGAUGAAAAACCACAGGGCAAGAAGUAUGACUUUGACCGACCGCAGCAGGGCUUCAUCUAUGAGGCUGAUAACACGGCAUUGGAUCUUGCAGCUGGAAGGGAGGAGAGCCCAGUUAUGCCCUGGUCUGAGACUAUUCGAGUCAUGGAGAUUAUGGACGAGAUCAGACGCCAGGGUGGCACAAAGUACUCUGUAGAUGCAGCUUAA